CGACCAUGGCAGCUCUCGCACGCCUCUCCUCGCGCCUGCGGUUCUGCGCCUCCGCCCUCCCCUCAGCGGGCGUCUGGUCCAAGGGAUGUAUUUGCUACUUUUCAACUAGCACACAUCAUCAUACCAAAUUUUAUACAGACCCAGUGGAAGCGGUAAAAGACAUUCCUGAUGGUGCAACAAUACUGGUUGGUGGUUUUGGGUUAUGUGGAAUUCCAGAAAAUCUUAUAGGAGCUUUGCUGAAGACUGGAGUAAAAGGACUAACUGCAGUCAGCAACAAUGCUGGGGUCGACAACUUUGGUUUGGGCCUUUUACUUCGAUCCAAGCAGAUAAAACGCAUGGUCUCUUCCUAUGUGGGAGAAAAUGCAGAAUUUGAACGACAGUAUUUAUCUGGUGAAUUAGAAGUAGAGCUGACACCCCAGGGCACGCUUGCAGAGAGGAUUCGUGCAGGUGGGGCUGGAGUUCCUGCAUUUUACACCAGCACAGGGUAUGGGACCCUGGUGCAAGAAGGGGGGUCACCGAUCAAAUACAACAAAGAUGGCAGCAUUGCCAUUGCCAGUAAGCCGAGAGAGGUGAGGGAGUUUAAAGGUCAGCAUUUUAUCUUGGAGGAAGCAAUCACAGGGGAUUUUGCUUUGGUGAAAGCCUGGAAGGCAGACCGAGCCGGAAAUGUGAUUUUCAGGAAAAGUGCAAGGAAUUUCAACUUGCCGAUGUGCAAAGCUGCAGAAACCACAGUGGUGGAGGUUGAAGAAAUUGUCGAUAUUGGAUCAUUUGCCCCAGAAGACAUUCAUAUUCCUAAGAUUUAUGUACAUCGCCUUAUAAAGGGAGAAAAAUACGAGAAAAGAAUUGAGCGUUUAUCAAUCCGGAAAGAGGAAGAUAUAAAAACCACAUCUGGUAAACCUGGAGAUAAUGUCAGGGAACGUAUCAUCAAGCGGGCAGCUCUUGAAUUUGAGGAUGGCAUGUAUGCCAAUUUGGGUAUAGGAAUACCACUUCUGGCCAGCAACUAUAUCAGCCCCAAUAUGACUGUCCAUCUGCAGAGUGAAAACGGAGUCCUGGGUUUGGGUCCAUACCCAUUAAAAAAUGAAGUUGAUGCAGAUCUAAUCAAUGCAGGCAAGGAAACAGUUACUGUUCUUCCAGGAGCCUCUUAUUUCUCCAGCGAUGAAUCAUUUGCGAUGAUUAGAGGGGGACAUGUCAAUCUAACAAUGCUAGGAGCCAUGCAGGUUUCCAAAUACGGUGACCUGGCUAACUGGAUGAUACCUGUCAUUUGUAAUCUUUUUACUUAUUUCAUUUUUGACUGUGCUGAGUUUUGUCUCUGCGUGGGCUUUUCUCUCGCCGUGGAGAGUGGGGGCUGCUGUCGAGCUGUGGCUGGCAGGCGUCUCACGCGGUGGCUCCCCUGUUGCAGAGCGCAGGCUCGGGCUCACCGGCUCCAGCAGUCGCAGCUCCUGGGCUCUAGCGCACAGGCUCAGCGCUGUGGCGCCUGUCCUUAG